UGCUGGUCAUUGGCAGACAAGAUAGGGGCGGGGCCUAAUGUUUUUGCCGGCCCCGCCUGGGCGUAAGGUAAACGAAUACAGACGAACCCCGAAACCUAGCGACCUAGUGUUGACCCUGGCUUCUUUUCCCGCCCCUGCAGGCCCCCACCGCCUACGGAAUGACGCUGGACGUGGGGCCAGAGGAUGAGCUGCCUGACUGGGCCGCUGCCAAGGAAUUUUACCAGAAGUACGACCCCAAGGACGUCAUUGGCAGAGGAGUGAGCUCUGUGGUCCGCCGUUGUGUUCAUCGAGCUACUGGGCAUGAGUUCGCUGUGAAGAUUAUGGAGGUGACAGCUGAGCGACUGAGUCCUGAGCAGCUGGAGGAGGUGCAAGAAGCUACACGCCGAGAGACUCACAUCCUUCGCCAAGUCGCCGGCCACCCCCACAUCAUCACUCUCAUCGAUUCCUACGAGUCUUCUAGCUUCAUGUUCCUGGUGUUUGACCUGAUGCGGAAGGGAGAGCUGUUUGACUAUCUCACAGAGAAGGUCGCCCUCUCAGAAAAGGAAACCAGGUCCAUCAUGAGGUCUCUACUGGAAGCAGUGAGCUUUCUUCAUGCCAACAACAUUGUGCAUCGAGACCUGAAGCCUGAGAAUAUUCUCCUAGAUGACAAUAUGCAGAUCCGACUUUCAGAUUUUGGGUUCUCCUGCCACUUGGAACCUGGCAAGAAGCUUCGAGACUUGUGUGGGACCCCCGGGUAUCUGGCACCGGAGAUCCUUAAGUGCUCUAUGGAUGAAACCCACACAGGCUAUGGCAAGGAAGUCGACCUCUGGGCCUGUGGGGUGAUUUUGUUCACACUCCUGGCUGGCUCACCACCAUUCUGGCACCGACGCCAGAUCCUGAUGUUGCGCAUGAUCAUGGAGGGACAGUACCAGUUUAGUUCACCCGAGUGGGAUGACUGUUCAAAUACUGUCAAAGACCUGAUCUCAAGGCUGCUGCAGGUGGAUCCUGAGGAACGCCUGACAGCUGAGCAAGCCCUACAGCACCCCUUCUUUGAGCGCUGUGAAGGAAGCCGAUCCUGGAACCUCACACCCCGCCAGCGGUUCCGGGUGGCAGUGUGGACAGUGCUGGCUGCUGGACGAGUGGCCUUAAGCAUCCACCGUGUACGUCCACUAACCAAGAGUGCACUGUUGAGGGACCCUUACACACUGCGGCCAGUGCGGCACCUCAUUGACAGCUGUGCCUUCCGGCUCUAUGGGCACUGGGUGAAGAAGGGUGAACAGCAGAACCGAGCAGCCCUCUUCCAGCACCAGCCCCCUGGGCCAUUUCCCAUCAUAGGCCCUGAAGAGGAGGGAGACUCAGCUAUUAUCCCUGAAGAUGAUGCCAUGGUGGUACUGGGCUAGCACCUUAGCCCUGGGGAAUCCCAGAAGGCAGGAAUCUCCAGGAGGAGAAUCUUUAUCAUUCCAUUCCCUCUGGGCUCUGGCCUCAGGCCCCUCCCACCCCAACAUUCCUGGCCAGGCCCACGACCGAUCAUACUACCAUAAAGACCAGCCCUGUACACCUAACCUCACCAGUCAGGGCUUUGGGCUGAGAGCUGAGGUGGAAGGGAGCCACUCAGAAUGCUAAGCCGGGCCUUGUCAGUGCUGCCUGUGCUGCCUAUGCAAUAAAGUCUGCUGCGGACCAGGGA